AUGCCUCUGAUCAUAAAUCCCCCAGCGUACUCGGAGGAAGAGAUCGUCAACAAGGCAGGUGCAGAACGUUAUGAUGACGAUGGAGACGAAGAUAUGUCCGAAGGCUCACCAGCAACGCCAAGGGCUGUGAUGCCGAAUUUCGUGAUUCCGGGCGACACCAUCACCAGCGACUCUCAAUUCAUGCCUGGACAUGGCACAUUCAAGCCAUCCACAGCGUCGUCGAAAAUAAUAGCUUCUGUUGCGGGAAACUUGAUAGUUACAAACAGACUGCUCUCUGUGUCGCCUUCACGAGCACGCUACACUCCCGAAAUCGGUGAUUUGGUUGUUGGCCGAAUAAUAGAAGUUGGUCAAUCCAGAUGGAAGGUCGACAUAGCCGCGCCUCUCUACGCCAACUUGCCUUUGAGCAGCAUCAAUCUUCCAGGAGGCGUCCUCAGACGACGAACAACAGCGGACGAGUUGCAAAUGCGCGAAUACUUCCAGGAAGGAGAUUUGUUGGUUGCGGAAGUACAAAGCAUCGGUAAUGCCGACGGCGUGGCUACUUUGCACACCAGAAGCUUGAAGUAUGGCAAGCUACGGAACGGCAUCUUUUUGUCUGUCAAUGGGACUGGAGGCGGAGGUGGGAUUAUCAGAAGCAGGAGACAGGUCUUCACUCUCAGCGGCAGUGUGGCAGGAUCUAUGCCAUCACAAGUGGACGUCAUACUGGGCGUGAACGGCUACAUCUGGAUCAGCAAACAUGUCGAGCAAGAGGACGAUAGCAAGGCUGGCGGCAUCAGCAUCUCCAAUCUCGACGAUGCUGUUGGCAAAGAGAUCUACUCCAGUCAAAACGACGAGAUCAACGUGGACACACGAAACGCGUUCGCCCGAGUCUCACAAUGCGUAAAGAUCAUGACCGAAGGUGGAAUCAGGGUCGAUGAAGAGGCUGUCAUAAAAGCGUACGAGAUUGUGGUUGACUGGGUGGACAGCGGCGGCGAAGGGACCAUCCCAGCUGAUCUCAGGAAGCGGAUCCUCGCUGAAGUCGCUGAGCUUUGA